AACACGGUAGCGCAAGCAGUCUCGGCACUCCGAGUCCUAACUGCCUAAACGCACGCAUACAAUUCACGCAAUCGGGCUUGAUAUACUGUGACCUAAGUGCCUAAGUGAGAAGGAUAAAUCAUACCUGAUAUCACGAUAUGGCACCUCAAACCAGUUACACACCGGUCGGUGGUAUGGAGUACGAAGAGCCAGUGUCGAGGACUUACCAGUACAGGAAGGUAAUGAAACCGAUGCUGGAGAGGAAGAGGCGAGCGAGGAUCAAUCGUUGCCUGGACGAGUUGAAGGACCUUAUGGUGACGGCUUUGCAAGCCGAAGGGGAGAACGUUGCUAAAUUGGAGAAGGCUGAUAUAUUGGAGCUUACCGUUCGUCAUCUCCAUACACUCAGAGCUGCCAGGAGACUCACCCUGACGCCGGAGAACAGUUACGCGGAUAGAUUCAGAGAUGGAUUCACCCAGUGCGCACAGGAAGUGUCCUCGUUCCUCUCAACCCCUGUGGCCGCUGCCGUUCAUCCAGCUGCCGGUGCACAGUUGAUGAGACACCUCGGUGGAUGUUUGAGAAGACUCGAAGGACCAGCCGCCAGUCCUGUCGGAAGUACCAACAGUUCUUCCAAUACUGUGAAUCCUGUCAACAAGGUGGUCCCUGUCAGUCCCGCCACCAGUGUCAUGGUCAACGUACCGCAAAACGUUUACACGCCACCCCAGAGUCCUGUCAGUGUCGCCAGCUCUUCCGGGGAGUCCACGGAGUCGUCUAACGCUGUCUGGAGACCCUGGUGAUCCGAUGAAGAUGAAGUUUUUGUUUAAACAUUGAAAUUUUUCAAUUGGACUUAUUAUUAUUCCUUCCCUGGUGAUAUGUAACUCUGAUCGACGACGGAGUAGAUUUCCGAAUCGGAGGGAAAACGACGAAUCAUUGUCUUCCAUAUGUUGAAAAUUGUUUAACCUCGAUGGUUUAGUCGAGAGAGAUGAAAGUUUUUUUUUUUUUUUCUAAUUAUCAGAGAAGCUCUCUAUUCUUCUUUUCACUUUAAUAUGUAAAUAAUAUAGGUGACGAAGCUUUAAGUGACUGUCUGUGAUAGGGUUCAAUUCUGUACCUGAGAUAACUAUGUUCUCAUAAUGUAAAAUGAUUAUUAUUAUAUAGAUUAUAAUUUGUUAUGUUUAAGAGACAGUUUUUCAUUUUUUUCUUUUUUAGACGUAAUGAAACAUUCGGUGAUUUUUGUUACAA